AUGACGAUGCUUGCGAUGGCGCGAGGAUCGGAGGAGCGUCGGGACAAGGCCGAGGACGAGGCUGAAGGGGAGACUGAGGCCAACGGCGAGGUGGACGUGGUGGGGGUGGAAGAGGCCGCGCCGGUGGACCUGACGCGGCGGCUGGGGCUGACCAGGCCCCCCGACAGGCCGGCCAUCGCCUUCUCCGUGGAGAACAUCUUGGACCCCACGAAGUUCACGGGCCGGUCGGAGGUACCGCUACGGUAUGAUGAGCAGUAUUGGAGGCCACAUUACGACAGGGAUGACAGUGAUUCCGUAAAAGACCACCUCCAACACUCAGACAUAGAAGCAGACGAAGUGGAAACGGAUGACCAGACCUCAAAUCUUGACGACGACAUCCUCACACAAUCAGACUUGGAUGAAAACGGGGACCCCAAGAGCCCCACCAGUUCGAGCUCCAAGAAAGGCAAAGGGGGGUCUUCUAGAGACUCUAAAGGGGGCACAAAGCCUAGGAGAGCUAGAACAGCCUUUACUUAUGAGCAGCUGGUCUCCUUGGAGAAUAAGUUUAAGACCACGAGAUAUUUGUCCGUGUGUGAGAGGCUUAAUCUGGCGCUGAGCUUGAGUUUGACGGAGACGCAGGUCAAAAUCUGGUUCCAAAAUCGGCGCACGAAGUGGAAAAAACAGAAUCCAGGGAUGGACGUGAACAGUCCGACGGUCCCACCGCCUUCUGCCGGUGGCUUCCCAUCAGGGCCAUACCCUGGGGGCCUGCUGUACUCCCACGGGGUACCAUACCCCUUCUCAGGACCUGGUCCUUAUGCCCCGUACUUUCACCACUUGGCGGCGAAUCACCACCACUCGCAUGGCAGCCUGGGACAUUCUCACACGUGAUUGUGGCCGCGACCGGGGUCACAGGACCCUAGGGUCGACAAAGAAAAUGAAACGAGUUGAAUGGAAAAUGAAAACAGUUGUGGACUUCUUAAUCAGUGAUGGACAAUGUAGUGUUGCGUGCGAACACUUAAGAGCCUGUUCAAUCAAAUGUUUUUAUUUUUUGUGUAGUCAGGAAAUGGGGUCGUGCUUUGCCGUUUGAUGCUCCAAAAACACAAUUAGGCUUCCUGAAAUGAAUGAAAGUUUUUUUUAUACCUCAUUUAAACGAUUAUAUGUCUCAACAAUAAUUGUCUGUAUAUUUACACACAUGAACCGCCUUACAGCAAUUUAAAUUCGGUCUUUCAAAGUUUAAUUGAGAAUGUCACAACGAACAUUUGUGAACAGACUUUGAAUAAGUGACGAAACUGUAUUAUAAUAGUGCAAUUUAUUUAGAGUACCCGCACACUGAAAACUUUUAGUCGGCCGAUUUGUUUGGGCUCAUAAAUCAGUAUGAAGAUGAAUAGUAGUACGCACAUUACAAUGGUCAAGUAUUAAGCCGGUAUUAGACGGACUGAAAACGUUGAUUGCCCGACUAUCAGCCGAAUUUUUAGUCUUCAAUGUGCGGGUACUCUUAAGGUAAUAUUAUGAAUCGAUUGUGAUACGUAUUUAAUAAGAUAAAUAAGGCUAUUAUGGUAUUUA